AUCCCAAACGGUAGAGUUCGAUAAAAACGUUAAAGCGGAUGAAAUAAAAGAAAUACAAGUAACUACAAGAUACAAAUUUAAGAAAUUUAACACAAUGAGUUAGCAGCUAAGGCUAAUAAGCUGCUAAACUCAUUAACUAAAAACAAACAAUAACAAAAAUGACAACAAAAACAAACAAAAAAAUUAUAAAAAAUGAUAAUUUAAAAUAAUCUUUUGAAACGAAAUAGAAAUAGUUACUAGAACACCUGUGUAUCUAGGAGAUACAGCUAGAGUUAACAACAAAAAUUAGAACAAGGAAUUACCAGGAAAAAAAGGAUUAAGGAUAAAUGCAGCAAAUGUAAACAGCAGCUAAACUUAUAAAUAUCAAUGUCAACAAGUUAAAAAUUUAAAAUUUUAUUUAAGGGAAUUUCUGCUCACGUAUAACAAAAGCGGCAGAUUUCCAGAAAUUUUAAAGUUUAUUUCAACAUUGAAGUCAUCAUCAAUCAAGCUGAAUCAUGACCUUCUAUUGGUGGUCACAUUGGUUUUGGAUAACAUUAAUGAGUAAUCUCAUAUUUCCCCUAAUUGUGGUCGUACACACAUAUCCAAGUCCGGAAUCCACACUAGAGUACAACCAGAAACCAACAGCUAAUGCCAAUAAAUUGGUGACCAGACUCUAUCAGACCUCCACGGUGACAUGGACAACGGAUGCACCAAUUUACGCCGAAACUACAGUAGAGGAAAAAUUUAAACUACAACAGAAGGAGCAAAAAACAACAGAAACACCCAACACCGAAUUACCAAUCAAACAAGAAAAUGAACCUGCAGUGACCAACAAUAAUCAGGAAGAAGAAUAUGAUUACUAUGAUUAUGAUGCCACAGAGGAAACAAAUCGAAAAUUGAAUCUACAACAGAUGGAAGCUGAGCUGGAAAGAAAGGAAGAGGAGCACACAGUUUCGACGAACAAACAAGAUCACGAAGUAGAUGUUAAGAGAUCAGCUGAAGACAUACAAAGUAAGACAACACUAGAUCCUAAAAACGAAAUGAAAUUAUUGGAAACUUCUACAACAGCUACACCAGCGGCGGUAGAGACAAACAAUUAUACCAAUUUUACCGAUAGCCAACAUUUAACCAGUACAAAUACAACUGCUAACACAUUGAAUGCAGCAUCAGCAAAUGCAACCACCAAUACUAGUGAUAGUACCUCAACAAAUACAACAACAGCAACAACACAAACUGAAACAACAACAUCGACAACCAAUGCAACUACCCAAUUGCCACAGGCUCCCUCAACGCCCAGAAUUGUCAAAGCCCAAACGGGCAAUUUAGAUUGGUUAAAUGCAGUUGCCGCCCAAUUACCACCAGCUCAUGUAACCACCGAUGUUACACAGGAUGUUGCCGAGGAACCACAUAAAAUACCAUUUACUUUGGAAAAUGUCAAUAAACCCGAAGAUUUGCGUCGCGAAGAAAGUGAACAUCGUUCGCGCAAAUCGAAGGGUUUGUCGGCGGAAUACAAAGUAAAUCGUUAUAUCAAUUAUUCGUCAGAUUCGAAGAAUUUACUGACUAGAUCGGCGGCUACCACUGUCAAUGAGUAUGACAGUGAGGAAAGUAAUAUAUCAUCAGAAGCGUUAUCUGUACAGCGCGCUUAUUUUAUGGACGUUGGUGCAAUAUCGGCAAUUUGUUUUACAGUAUUCGGUAUUUGCUGUACGGUGGGUACCGUGGGCAUUGUACUAUAUCGUCGUCGAUUCUUAAAUAAGCCACAGGCAUUAAGUGAGCCGGACUCCAGUGUUUAUAUCGACGAUAGUACGAUGCGUGUUAGUGUAAGUACUGAUAAUUCCGAUGAAAUGUAUAGCCUGGAUAAUGAUUCAUUUUUGAAUUCGUUGGAGGCCAUGACAAUACAAAACUAUUGGACCGAUACUGUUAAACAUACAAAGCUUUAAAACUAAAUAAAUCAACAUACAAGAAAUUUUUUAUAGUAAUACUAACUAACUAUACUAAAUAGUUUGUAUUUUAUAUUGUAGUAUGUAUAUUUAAGUUAAAUUAUUAAAUUUUAAGUUACUUAAUUAAAGAAAAAUCACAAA